AUGGAUAAAGGGAAAGGAGUGAUGGGAAGUCGGAAAUGGGCAGUUGAAUUCACAGACAACUCAUCAACACCUUCCUCCCGAGACAUUCCAGAUCCACCUGGCUUCACACGAGCUACCCAUGAUCAAGAUGAUUCCACAUUAAGUCGCCAAAAGAAAGAUGCAGAAGCAAAUUGGAAAUCACAAAAAGCAUGGGAGGUAGCUCAAGCACCCUUCAAGAACCUUCUUAUGAUGGGGUUCAUGAUGUGGAUGGCUGGAAGUACAGUCCAUUUGUUUAGCAUCGGUAUAACAUUUUCAGCUCUUUGGCAACCAUUAAGUGCUCUUCAAGGAGUUGGGAAGGUUUUUGAGCCUUAUAAAGAUAGCAAAGUGGACCUAAAUGCCCCUAAGUUGCUGUUUAUUGCUCUUAAUUUGGGGGGUAUGUUGCUUGGUGUCUGGAAGUUGAACACUUUGGGGCUUCUUCCUACACAUGCUUCUGAUUGGGUUUCUUCUUUGCCACCUGCACAUGAAGUUGAGUAUUCUGGUGGAGGAGAAAAAAAACUUACCACGGUCGGCGAAUUUGUGGAAGAUGGAGGGGUUCAUUACCGGUGGAAAUGGCAGCGCAAGUAAAGGCAGUGGUCGGCUGAUGGAGUCGAUUUAAGGGAUGUCGACGACGGGAGGAGGUUGGAGGAGAUGAUCGACGCUCUACAAGGUCGGAGGUGGGAGGAGACGGAAGAGAAGAUAUGAACGUGGGUGUUUUGCUUUGGAGGUGGGCAUAUCAGUAGCGCAUGAGGGUAAAAGAGGGAAGGACGCGUGAUUUUUUUUCAGAUACGGACCAAAGUCUGAAACUUUAAGAGGCUUUUAGAAAAUUAAGUGGCUUUUAAUCAUAUGCUAUCAAACACUCUUAAUCUGAAAAAUUAAGAGUUUGCCUCUUAAUUUGUCAAUUAAAAGGCUACCAAAUAGCCCCUUAAUGUCAG